AUGUCAACGAUCAGCGUUAUCAUGUGCCCGUUGUCGGGUAAAGAAGAUCAAGGUGAGAUAUUGCUGUUGGCCUCAUCGGCUACUGCCCACAGUUCGAGUGUUGAUUCAUAUCUGCAGUGCGAUAAAGGAAACCCUUGCUCUCAAUGUGUUUUGGCACGUGCAAAAUGUACCGGUUCCGACGUGAGCGGAAUUGAAGAUGUCCCACGAAGCAUCACGCAGUUCCUCAGAGAUGACAUCCGACGAAUUGAGACCAAGUUGUCCCAGGAUUAUGCGAUUCACGGACAAACAACAAACCCUCGGAAUGAUGAAAGGUCCGAACAAUCUUCUCUCACGCCCCGCAACCUCGAGACACGUCACCCCAGUCAAUUGCUAGCUCGAGCGAAACAAUGUUCGAGCAUCGCUAAAAUUAUUGGGUCCACAACUCCUUCUCCCGGUUCAAAGGCCGAUAUACCUCGUAAUAUGAUGGGAUUAACGUCUUCUCGAGUCUUUGCAUCCAAUGGUCUUCAGAAUGGAACCCUGGAGGGCAUGUCAGCAGCUGCCAAUGAUCAAACCCCAGGAUUAAUCAGUGUCAAGAAUCUUGGAGUCAUACCUCCUCGCAUUGUCCGAACGCUGGUAAAAGUCUUUAUUGAGAAAGUCCAUUCGCUCUUGCCGAUGGUGUACGAGCCCACAUUAUGGACUCAAGUCCGCAGAAUUCUCCGUGUCAUCCACGACGACAAAUUGACCAGGGUUCCUCCCGACUUUGAUUUUCUCAUAGUCCAUGUCGUUCUCGCCAUCUCUGUGUCCCUUGGAAGCGCGUCUAGCGGUCAUGGACCACAGCGAAUGGCAUUUUCCGAAACUCUUUUCCAAGAUGGCGUCAAACAUUUGUCGAGUCCCAGUAUUUUCCCGACAGAGAUGUCGGAACUGCAGGCGACUCUUCUCAUUCUUCAUUACGGAACCAUCAAUCCCCGGUGUGCCAGUGUUUGGAUGCUCUCUGGGUCUGCCAUGAGACUUUGCCUGAAGCUGGGGUUGCAUCGAGAACCCAACGACUCCAUGGUUUCCGGCGACUGGUCGGCGGAUUUGAGGAGGCGCCUCUUCUGGAUGAGCUACUGCUUUGACAGACAUGUGUGUGCCGCCCUGCAAUAUCCCAUUUCUUUAUCCGAUGCGGCCAUUAACUCACAUCAUUUCUCGGCUCUGGAUGACAAGGUUUUUGCAGCAGAGGAUGCCGUCUCGAUGGCCAUGGCUCCGUCCAAGGAGCCAGCACUUCAUUGGCUUGAGUAUCGACAAAUUCAUUCAGACAUGGUCGAGGUCCACUUCAGAGGGAAGCCCUUCGGCCAUUCAUGGGACGAAUGGUUAUCGGAAAUGGAGGGCAAACUUCGUUCAUGGUACCAUAAGCAUCGCGAGACUUAUGUGUGGACGGAGACUGCAUAUCAUAACGCCUUGACUUACCUCCAUCGACCAUCCCCGCUAACACCGAAGCCAACGCCCAGGAGCCUUCUUAUUGCAUUCGAGAAUGCGUGUGCCGUCGCUUCCAGUUAUGGUAAAGACAUCCAUGCCGGUUACUUUCGCCGCCCGUGGCUCGCGGCGCAUCACACGUUUGGCUCGGCCAUUAUCGUCCUCUUCUGUCUGCGCCACGGAUCGAAAUUGAUUCUCACCAAAUUCAGCCCUCAGGAAAUCUCCGCCAUGACAACGUUAUUUUCGCUGAAUCUGCAAAAUGUCUCGUCCCAGGUUUGGCCCGAGGUCUCUCGUUGUCUAGAAGUCUAUCACCGGCUUCUUGAGCCACUAAUCCCGGCGCUCAUGUCCGGAACCGACCCCGGUUUGACGUUUACUCGGCAGCAAGAUGAAGAACUUGCUCAUUUAUUGUAUCCCGGAACGACCAGGUUCGAAGCGUUAUCAUGGGAGAACACCAGCUUGAUGUCGCAAUUGACCAUGGACAUCGAUAUGACCAAUGCUGACGCCUUUGGCUGGGACUUUUCGCGAUUUGAUGAAUUCGCUGGGGACGAAACUGCUUUUGACUUCUUGGAUGGACAGUUUCAAACGCCGGAGUGGACGGAGCCGGCGAUCGUGACAUGA